UCCAAGAGCUGCUCGCAUGCAUCCAAUCACUACUGAUACUACAGUGCAUUCUCAUCCUCGAUGAAAAAACAGAUCUUGGCCCCUAUUCGGAAACUAUCAGUAGUAUGCUGUCUACUGUUGGGCGGCGUCUUUGGCAGAAAGCUCCUGCUCAACUCUCCCAUACUAUGAGUCCACGGGAAGCAUGGCUCUUCGCAGAGAGCGUUCGGCGGACGAUCAUUGUCGCGUUCAUGUUGCGCAGUGUAUAUUCGUUGCUGAAGAGAAACUACUCCGUCCGCACUCCGUUUGUCGACUCGCUGCCUUUCGAUGUUCGCACUACUUUGUGGGAUACAGAUCAUGCGGCCUGGGAUGACGCAACACCCGUAUCUUUGGAACACAUGGUUUCGUUGCAACAGUAUUCGACCAUGCUAGAGUCGGGUGCAAUCCACGGUAUCUCACCUUUCAGUGCUCUGAUCUUGGCUGCCUGUAAAGGCAAAGCUGUGUCCAACGUUCCUUAUCCGCCUGCUACAGGCUACAGGGCCUAUUGAGAGUUAAAGCUCACGGAAAUGAAAUUCAAUUACUC